AUAUAUCGGCGAUAAUUACAGAACUGCAGCAUAAACAACAACACACUAUUGUGAUUAAAGUACAGUACUAGAAUUAAGUUGUAAAAAAAUGAUUAAGAAGUGCUUUGUGUUACUUGCAUUGGUAGUAGCAAUUGGUAUUGCAACAUACGCACCGCCAGCCAAGUACCUCGAUCAUUACGCUGCCAAUACAACCAAUAAAUCUCACCACUUAAUAGCUGGUAGCAGACUACCUGGCGAUCUUCUCUACUACCAGGCGUACAUCGUUAAGUCUUCCUCGUGGCUUCAAGUUGUUUCCGUUGAAAAAACCUUCAAUGUAAGCAAGAACCUCAGGAUAACUCAGCUCCAAGCGUUGGACCAGAAAACUAAUGGAAAUGGAGCUUAUGCUAAAAUAGUUAGAGGCGGGCCAGGAACCAACAAUGUCACCAUUAAAUUCAAGAGCCAAAGGAGUCAUGGUAUUAAUUUCCUGGUACUUCUUUAUGCUAGAUAAAUAAAUUUUAUUUUAUUGUUUAUAAA